AUGUCAACGUCCGUGGAGGUGAUGUCGACGUCAUCAUGCCCCAAAGCAUCAACAAAUGCUUCCCCGCUAGCUUCAACCUCCACUUCAUCAGGUGCCACAAAUGGACGUUCAACUAGUGGCUUGGGAUCAUCAUUACCUCCAGAUUACGCAACAGUUACAUCACUCCGAUCAACACAUUCACAAAUGACCAACGGCAUAAGUGUUGAGCUAGUUGUAGCGGCUCAGGUAUUCAUCUAUCGUUCUUCGAAACUUCACCAAAGCAUUUGA